UUCCGCAGAGAAGCUGACAAGGGUAUCAACUAAUGAAUCAGUCUAACAUUGUCAAGAGCCUCAUCGUCACAGCUGCUGCAUUUCUUUAAUUUGGUCUCUCUUUUAAGUGAUGUUUAUUUGCGCAUGAUUAGUGAAAUAUAUUUAGAGGCUGGAUCCAGGAAGCAGGGGCAAGGACCCAAGAACAGCUUCAGACACAGCAAGGUCCAAUGGACCCUAUGAGAUGGGAACUCAUGGGCAAGAACAGCUGAUGUGGUGACGUCAUCAAUUAAGCUGCUGUUCCAAUCGCAGAAAGACCGUCCUCCCGUCCUCUCGUUCUUCGGAGUCUGGACUCCCAAGACCAAACUCCCAAGUCCAGACUCCAAAAGAACACAAGUCUGUACUCUGUGGACUUGGAAUUGAAAAACGGCUAAAGACUCCGGGGAGGAAGUAAAGUUAGUAAUGUGCAAUGGAGAGAUGUAAAUUCAUACAUAAGGAGAGAAAGAAGAGAUAGGAGCUCAGUGUAUCCUAACACAUCCCCCAGCAGCGUAUAGGAGCAUAUCUAAGGGCUGGACCAGAGCAAACCCGAGCCAUCCAAUUAGCGCUAUUAAAGAAGAAAGUCUUAAGUCUACUUUGUGGUGGCUGUCUGCCUCCCGGACUAAAAGUGGAAGCUGGUUCCAUAAAAUCGGGGUUUGAUAACUGAAGGCUUUGGCUCCCAUCCUACUUUUUAGGACUCUAGGAACCACAAGUAGCCCCACAUUAAGUGAGCAAUGCAUCCAUGUAUCCAUAUAUGUAUAGAUAAAUAACAAUACACAAAUAUGAGGUAUCUUAACACUACAAGUAAUAUAUCAGAAAGUAGUAGAAGUGGUCAUAAUAAUGUACAGUGGGUACAAAUCUGAAAGUGAAAGAGAAGUAAACAGUAGAUCAAUGGAAUCUAAGUUAUAUGAGAAAUCAAAUCAUUUAUUCUAGUUAAAGGGAAAACAAGCCUUCACUGACAAAGAAGCUCAAUUCAGUUUCAAAAUAGAACUCAACAUUGUAUUUUCAUGGAAUUAAUUCAACAAAAGCUGUCAUUUUAUGCAGGAAAUACUUCAUUAAAGGGGCACCCUGAUUCCCCGCGCUCAAUAAUUCACAAUCAAAUAAACUAAUUUGAAUUAUGUGAGGAAUAUUCAAUACUCACCUGAUGCUGAAGCUGUCUGAACACAUUGGGCUCUCACCUGGCGCUGAAACUGUAGAAAGCACCCUACUUCAUCUGAAUGGUGCACAUUGUAAUUGUAAUCUUUAAAAGUAAUAGGCCUAUUUGUUAACAGGCGAGGAUUUGUACUCACAAUAGAUGUAAUCGAUGUAGCCCUUUUUGAGAAACUGAUAAAUGAAAUUUGUGAAAUUGGGCUAUACAAAUAAACUGAAUUGAAUUGAAUUGAAUUUGGCCUCAAAAGAAAAGCUAUGUCAAUUUAAGUCUACAGGGUUGAGUGAGUAGGUGGGCUUCUUACAAUACUUUUGACCCUGCAACACAGAGUAAUGAGGAGCAGUCUAAUAUAUGGAGCAGAAGGACCCUGGACUACGCAAGUGUUCCACUGGAUCUGCCAGGGUUGAGGUUGGAGGUAUAGCCUCCACUUGUUACAGGCAUGUGAUCCAGCACUGUAAUGCAGAUAGGUGAGGCCCCCGGAGCUGACCCUAAGUGGGCCCCUUCCUGCAACACAGGGCAAGUACAUUUUAGGAUUUUUCAUAGUGAGGAUACUUAUCAUUUCAAAUGCACCAAACGCACACCAUAAUAAUAGACUACUUCAGUACACAAAUGAUGGAGUUAAUUGUAUUGAGUACAUUUUAAACUGUUAAGGAUUUUUUAAACCUUUCAUAUAUCAUAUUAUGUCACACCAUCAUCUGAUCCUGCAAGCGCUGUGACUGUGGAAGGAUUGGAUUGUUGAAAUAAAAGCUUAGGUCAACGUAACAAAAUGACCUGAACCUAUUCGUCAAGAACACGUCCAUAGGGAAUGUCCACUGAGAAUUUAGUCAUGUUUAAUUCUCAUCUUCAUAUCAAAUGAAUCAUUCACAGUUAAAUAUAUCCUUUCCUGUAUAAUUAUUACUGCAUGAGCAAUGAACACAUGAAGAAGCAAUUAUGGUGUGAGUGAUUGGGCCCAAGGUGGGCAUGCGUAAGGUUUCUAUACUAGUGGUAUAAUGGGCUGACUUCGAAAUACACAAAUUAAUCACAAUAUCAGUGGGCAAUUGGGUUAGUAAUUUGAAGAACUUACAUUGAAUUUCAAGUCAAUGGACUGGGACAUUCAAGAUGUUAAAUUAAAAACAGAGAACAGCGCCCCUAACGACGACGCAGCCCAUGCGCAGCACGCGCAAAAAGACGUGAAGGAAUUUCCGCUGACGUCAGUGCGUAUGUCUCGAACAGGGCUGCAGCUGUCUGAGAGCAACAAUAACAAGCUCUAACUACACACCGCGGUUUUAACAGAACCUGACAGCUCAGAAUUCCACGGAAUUUUUUCAAAAUGCUACUGUGAAAAUAAACCGUGGUCUCCGUUUCUACCUCGCGCGAGUCGAAAUCCGGGUUAGACCUAUAGACGCCACCGCCGCCGCGAAACGAACACGGAGAGGAGCAGGGCAGUUCGGGGCUGCAUCUGGGUCAGUGGGCCUCUCGGCAGUUCUAGUGGUUUAGUUCUCCCCCGUGGUGUCUCGUCGUGCCGGCCAUCUGUUAAAUAAACACCGUGUCGCCUGCAUACACCGUGUAACAUGCAGGCUAACGGGGCAGGACAGGACCGAGAUUCAGAACAAUACUGCCGAAACGGUGCGCAGAACAGCGAGUCGUCCUCCACCGGAGGAGCUCACUCUAACGGACUCCAGUCAGUCCCCAACAAUGGAAACACUGUCAGCAACAACAACAACGGAGUGUCAGCUCAGCCUCCGUCCAACAACACGGCGGCUGAGGCCAACUGUGGCGUGAAGAAGAAGCGUUUGUCCCAGUCUGAGGAAGAUGUCAUCCGGCUGAUAGGACAACAUUUACAGGACCUUGGUCUCAAUCAGACGGUGGACCUCCUGAUGCAGGAGUCGGGCUGCAGACUGGAGAAUCCCUCUGCCACAAAGUUCCGCAAUCAUGUCAUGGAAGGAGAGUGGGACAAGGCUGAGAGUGAUCUGAAUGAGCUAAAGGCCUUGAUGCAUUCUCCGAGUGCUAUCGUGCGGAUGAAGUUCCUGCUGCUGCAACAGAAGUAUCUGGAGUAUUUGGAGGAUGGAAAGGUCCUGGAGGCCCUGCAGGUCCUCAGAGCGGAGCUCACCCCUCUGAAGUACAACGCUGAGCGUAUCCACAUUCUGAGCGGGUACCUGAUGUGCAGUCAUGCAGAGGACCUGCGAGCCAAAGCAGAGUGGGAAGGCAAAGGCACGGCAUCCCGAACUAAGCUGCUGGAUAAGCUGCAGACAUACCUGCCUCCGUCGGUGAUGCUGCCUCCUCGCCGCCUGCAGAUUCUGCUGAAACAAGCAGUUGAGCUGCAGAGGGAGCGCUGCCUCUACCACAACACCAAGCUGGACAGUGGACUGGACUCUGUGUCUCUGCUGCUGGACCAUGCCUGCAGCCGGAAGCAGUUCCCCUGCUACACUCAGCAGAUUCUCACUGAACACUGCAACGAAGUCUGGUUUUGCAAAUUCUCCAACAAUGGCACCAAACUGGCAACCGGAUCCAAAGACACCACAGUCAUUGUGUGGCACGUGGACUUGGAAACCCAGCAGCUAAAGUUGAUGAAGACUCUGGAGGGUCAUGCGUAUGGUGUUUCCUACCUGGCAUGGAGCCCUGAUGAUGCCUACCUGAUAGCCUGCGGUCCUGAUGACUGCUCUGAGCUGUGGCUGUGGAAUGUACAGACGGGGGAAUUACGGACAAAGAUGAGUCAGUCUCAUGAGGAUAGCCUGACCAGUGUCGCCUGGAAUCCAGAUGGUAAACGCUUUGUCACUGGUGGACAGAGAGGCCAGUUCUACCAGUGUGACAUGGAUGGAAACCUGCUGGACUCCUGGGAAGGAGUUCGGGUGCAGUGCCUGUGGUGUCUGAAUGACGGCCGGACCGUCCUUGCAUCCGACACCCACCAACGCAUUCGAGGAUACAACUUUGAGGACCUGACUGACAGAAACAUAGUGCAGGAGGACCACCCCAUCAUGUCUUUCACUGUUUCCAAAAAUGGAAGGUUAGCUCUGCUCAAUGUUGCAACUCAGGGAGUGCACCUAUGGGACCUGCAGGACCGGGUGCUGGUAAGGAAGUACCAAGGGGUGACCCAGGGCUUCUACACCAUCCAUUCUUGCCUCGGAGGGUACAAUGAAGACUUCAUUGCUAGUGGCAGUGAAGACCACAAAGUUUACAUCUGGCACCGGCGCAGUGAGUUGCCCAUCGCAGAGUUGACUGGUCAUACUCGCACAGUCAACUGUGUGAGCUGGAACCCCGUCCUGCCGGGACUGCUGGCCAGCGCCUCCGAUGACGGCACCGUUCGUAUCUGGGGACCUGCCCCCUUUCUGGAUGUCCAGGAUGCAGAGGGGCUCAAUGAAUGUUGCAGCAUGGACAGCUGAUGAUCCUGAGGAGCGUAAAGACUUAGACACAUGGAUGAAGCAGAAACAGCUUUGAUCACUGGACAGCAGCUUCCUGGAGACAGGGCCAGUGCGGCUGCAUGUCAGGAUGUCACAACAGAGAGAUGUCAACCCAGUCACAUUAUUGAGAGCAGAGCUGGCCGGAUGAAGCUGGGCUCCAUGACCUCCAGUAUCUGACCCUCCUCCUCAGUACCAUCUAGGACCACCCACAUCCUCCUAUUUAUUAUCAACAACUGUGUAUAUUCAUGAGCAGGGGUCCCCAAACUUUUUCCUGUGAGGGCCACAUAACGUUUGCCUCGUCUGCUGGAGGGCCAGC